UGAAAAAGCAGGGCAUGGUGGCACAGCCUUGGAAUUCCAGCACUGGGGACCAGUUAGGUGGAUCUCUUGGGGCUGCUGGCCAGCCCGGAUAGGCUACUUGGCAUACACCAGAGCCAGCAGCAGCAGAGCAGAGACACAGCUGUCAGAGGUGUGUGCCCAGUGUCUCUGGUAGGUGAGAGCUUUCUCUUGAGUCUCUAUGUCUGAGCCACCAUGGCGUGUGCAGGGCCAGCUGGUGGGCGGCAGCGGGUGAGCAUGCAGGAACACAUGGCCAUUGACGUGAGCCCCGGCCCCAUACAGCCCAUCCGCCUCAUUUCUGACUACUUCCCACACUUCUACCCCUUCCUGGAGCCGGUGCUGCGUGCACCAGGCUCACAGACUAUGCUGGCCCCGGCCAUCCACUCUGCAUCCCAGCUGCAACCCAACCCAGAGCCAGAAGGAGACUCGGACGACAGCACUGCCCUGGGUACCCUGGAGUUCACACUUCUCUUUGAUGCGGACAACAGCACCCUGCACUGCACAGCCCAUCGUGCCAAGGUGAGGAUGAAGGCAGCGGUUCUGGGAUGGGACAAGCCACAGGCCUCUGCAUUCAUUUUCUGUUUCCAGGGCCUCAAGCCCCUAGCCUCGGGCUCUGUGGACACCUAUGUCAAAGCCAACUUGCUGCCAGGGGCCAUUAAGGCCAGCCAGCUUCGGACACGCACUGUUCGAGGCACCAGGGGACCUGUCUGGGAGGAGACACUCACCUAUCAUGGCUUUACUUACCAGGAUGCUGGACGCAAGACCCUGAGGUUAUGUGUGUGUGAAGACUCACGACUGCGGCGACGACGCGCACCCCCCUUAGGGGAGCUACGAGUGCCCCUGAGGAAGCUAGUGCCAAACCAAGCCAGGAGCUUUGACAUUUGUCUGGAGAAGCGGAGGCUGACCAAGAGGCCCAAGAGUCUGGACACAGCCCGUGGGAUGUCUCUAUAUGAAGAGGAGGAGAUGGAGGCAGAAGUGUCUGGGGAAGAACGUGGGCGUAUCCUCCUGUCCCUAUGCUACAGCUCCCAGCGUGGUGGCCUGCUGGUGGGCGUGCUGCGCUGUGCCCACCUGGCCCCCAUGGAUGCCAAUGGCUACUCGGAUCCCUUUGUCCGCCUUUUCCUGCAUCCAGGUUCUGGGAAGAGAUCCAAAUACAAGACCAGUGUUCGGAGAAAGACCCUGAACCCUGAGUUCAAUGAGGUGGGUCACAGCUGGGAGAACCCAGAAUUCUUUUACGCAGGUCAUCGGGAGGAGUUGGCCCAGAAGACACUGCUGGUGUCGGUGUGGGACUACGACCUGGGCACAGCUGAUGACUUCAUUGGUGGGGUACAGCUGAGUAACAGAGCCAGUGGGGAACGCCUUCGCCACUGGCAUGAGUGUCUGAGCCAUAGUGACCGCCGGCUGGAACUGUGGCACCUGCUGGACAGUGUGCCCCCGCAACUUGGUGACUAGCCAGCACAGACCCCUGCUUGCAGCCUGUUCAAGGGCCAAGAUGUUGCUGCAGCUGGAAAGAGCUGGAUGUGAAAUUCGGAGGCCAGGGUACAGCUCAGGAGGCUGCCUGCCGGGCCGGGUGCUGCAGAGCAAACCGUUGCAUUCGCUCCUCAAGCUCUGGCCGGAAGUGUCGGAUCAGACCCUGGGAAAGAGAGAGGCAC